GCCCGCCUUGGCCUCCCAAAGUGCUGGGAUUACAGGCGUGAACCACCACGCCCAGCUGAUACGUAAUAAUUUCUAAUUUUGAAUAUAAAGAGGCUUACACAAUUUGUAUUCCAGGAAAAUUGGUAUUUCCCCCACCUCUGCUAAGUAAACGUUCGACAGAUGUUUAAAUAAAACUGGUUUGAAGGGAUGCCAACUCAUUAGUCUGCCCAGGGUGCCACGGCCCAGUUGGCUCUUACCUGGUGACACACAUCGAUAUCACCUGAACCAAUUAGAGAUCUCAGCUGUGAGUGAGCUUGCUUGGUGUCUAAAUGUGCUUGGCUGUCCUCCUAUAAGUGGUCUUCCUUGGCCUGGAUUACCUCCCUUGGCUUGCUUUAGGGGCUGAAAUGGCGCUGACAUUCUUGAGAUGGGACUGCAAAGUUUCCUUCUCCUGACCAUGGGAUCGUAUCCCCUCUGCAGGACUAAGGAUAGUACAUGAGUGGGAGAUGAUUAGGAAAUGGAAUGAGGGGAGUUGCAAGAGGCAUCAGAGGUCACUGUCAAUGGAGGGGAAAGCUUAAAUGCUCAGUAAAUGUAGGGCAACAAGAAAGAGGGGGGUGGGGCUGAGGGAGGGAGGAGAAGGAGCUGAGACUCAGGUAUUUGGUGCCAGUGUAGUGGAGAAGGUGCCUGGAGGCUGGCAGGCAUUGAGGUCCUCUGGGUCUGACCAGGCAGUCCCAGCUCCAGCCCGUCCCCUGGCCCCUCCCCGCUGCCAGCCAGAGUCACACAUGUGUUUUCCUGUUUUCCAUUUCAGUCCCCGUUACCCUCUGCUUUUUCUGCUCCUCAGAGUCAACAGCUGCUGCAGCGUGAGCCAUACCCUUGGUUCUCCUAACUAGCACCUUCCCCUCUCCCUUGACUGAGCUGGUAGCCUGUCCUCCCCGCACCUGCCCAAAGGUCACUGGACAGGCAUUUUUCUGGCCUUCCCUUUUACUGCUGGCUGGGAAGGAGGAGCAUCAGACCAUAGAUCCUAGAAGGCACUUCUCUUCCUGACUGCUGCUGGCACUGCCGUGAGAACCUGCUUAUAUCCAGGACCGAGGAGUAAGUGGCAAUGCCAGGAAGCUGGUGAAGGGUUUCCUCUCCUCCACCAUGGUUGACAGCACUGAGUAUGAAGGGGCCUCCCAACCUGAGGUGGAAACCUCCCCUUUGGGUGAUGGGGCCAGCCCAGGGCCGGAGCAGGUAAAGCUGAAGAAGGAGAUCUCACUGCUUAACGGCGUGUGCCUGAUUGUGGGGAACAUGAUCGGCUCGGGCAUCUUUGUUUCCCCCAAGGGUGUGCUCAUAUACAGUGCCUCCUUUGGUCUCUCUCUGGUCAUCUGGGCUGUCGGGGGCCUCUUCUCCGUCUUUGGGGCCCUUUGUUAUGCGGAACUGGGCACCACCAUUAAGAAAUCUGGGGCCAGCUAUGCCUAUAUCCUGGAGGCCUUUGGAGGAUUCCUUGCUUUCAUCAGACUCUGGACCUCCCUGCUCAUCAGUGAGCCCACCAGCCAGGCCAUCAUUGCCAUCACCUUUGCCAACUACAUGGUACAGCCUCUCUUCCCAAGCUGCUUGGCCCCUUAUGCUGCCAGCCGCCUGCUGGCUGCUGCCUGCAUCUGUCUCUUAACCUUCAUUAACUGUGCCUAUGUCAAGUGGGGAACCCUGGUACAAGAUAUUUUCACCUAUGCUAAAGUAUUGGCGCUGAUCGCGAUCAUCAUUGCAGGCAUUGUUAGACUUGGCCAGGGAGCCUCCACUCAUUUUGAGAAUUCCUUUGAGGGUUCAUCAUAUGCAGUGGGUGACAUUGCCCUGGCACUGUACUCAGCUCUGUUCUCAUACUCAGGCUGGGACACUCUCAACUAUGUCACUGAAGAGAUCAAGAAUCCUGAGAGGAACCUGCCCCUCUCCAUUGGCAUCUCCAUGCCCAUUGUCACCAUCAUCUAUAUCUUGACCAAUGUGGCCUAUUAUACUGUGCUAGACAUGAGAGACAUCUUGGCCAGUGAUGCUGUUGCUGUGACUUUUGCAGAUCAGAUAUUUGGAAUAUUUAACUGGAUAAUUCCACUGUCAGUUGCAUUAUCCUGUUUUGGUGGCCUCAAUGCCUCCAUUGUGGCUGCUUCUAGGCUUUUCUUUGUGGGCUCAAGAGAAGGCCAUCUCCCUGAUGCCAUCUGCAUGAUCCAUGUUGAGCGGUUCACACCAGUGCCUUCUCUGCUGUUCAACGGUAUCAUGGCAUUGAUCUACUUGUGCGUGGAAGACAUCUUCCAGCUCAUUAACUACUACAGCUUCAGCUACUGGUUCUUUGUGGGGCUUUCUAUUGUGGGUCAGCUUUAUCUGCGCUGGAAGGAGCCUGAUCGACCUCGUCCCCUCAAGCUCAGCGUUUUCUUCCCGAUUGUCUUCUGCCUCUGCACCAUCUUCCUGGUGGCUGUUCCACUUUACAGUGAUACCAUCAACUCCCUCAUCGGCAUUGCCAUUGCCCUCUCAGGCCUGCCCUUUUACUUCCUCAUCAUCAGAGUGCCAGAACAUAAGCGACCUCUUUACCUCCGAAGGAUCGUGGGGUCUGCCACAAGGUACCUCCAGGUCCUGUGUAUGUCAGUUGCUGCAGAAAUGGAUUUGGAAGAUGGAGGAGAGAUGCCCAAGCAACGGGAUCCCAAGUCUAACUAAACACCAUCUGGAAUCCUGAUGUGGAAAGCAGGGGUUUCUGGUCUACUGGCUAGAGCUGAGGAAGUUGAAAAGGAAAGCUCACUUCUUUGGAGGCACCUGUCCAGAAGCCUGGCCUAGGCAGCUUCAACCUUUGAACUUACUUUUUGGAAUGAAAAGUAAUUUAUUUGUUUUGCUACAUACAGUACCAGACUUUUAAAGCAGACAAUAGAGGAGACUGGGGAGAGGAGCAUGUCAGGUGUGGGCUUGGUGGUUUUAAAAGCACCUGAGUGCGCCUACCUACUCCUCUUUUCUUUUAAAAGGGCCCACAAUCCUCCAAUUGUCUCCUUUAGAGAGACAUCAAACUAUCACAGGUGCUGGAUGACAAUAAAAAGUUAUGUUCCUAAA